AUGGAAAGCGUCAUCGGUGAAACACAACCAAAGUCAUUUGUACAGCAGCGUCGUCGGUCAAUUGUCGUUGAUUAUCUGCUUGCCACCUCAACACAUGGAUUACGAAGUGUGGGUCGCGCCUAUUCUGCUUGGAAUCGUUGCUUCUGGAUACUGAUAUUUAUGACUGCUUUUGGUCUCAUGCUUGUUUUUGUCGUGUCAUCCAUUAUCGAAUAUUUUCACUAUCCGACACAAACAAGCACUCUAAUUCGUCUCGAUCGUAAGAUGCCCUUUCCAGCCGUUACUGUUUGCAAUACGAAUCCAUAUCGACGAGAUAAACUGAAUGAAUCACUUGUCAAGUACUAUUAUCAACAAUUUCCGUCAAAUUCAUCGAUUAAUUUGAGUGUUUUCGAUACGCUCGCAAUAGCACUCAUCGUUGAUUUGUUCAAUAGUAAUAAAAUGGAAGAACUCUCGUCCAUUGGUUUUCAACUUAGCGACAUUUUACUUGGCUGUCAAUUCAACGGUAUUGACUGUUCGAAUUCAUUCACACGUUCGCUUACAUCGGGUCUCGGUAAUUGUUUUACGUUUACUUGGAAAACAUCAUCACCCUUGUUUACACUAGCUGAUUUUGGCAAUAGUUUUCUCUUGAAAGAAGCUCUUCAACUAACAUUUUAUGUUCCGCGCGAAUCCAGUUUUCCCGCUGAUUAUUUCAACAUCGGUAUCAAUUUGCUGCUACAUGACAACGAAGAAUUUCCAUUGAACAUCGAAAAUGAAACCUUUCUUCCACAUCCAUAUAGUGCAUGCACAUCAGCAGUACCUGACGACUUGCGUGCUCUCUACAAAACUACGUACGGUGACACCAACAUAUCAGAGACGAUUGUUUACUCCGAGUCAGCGUGCAACGAACUGUGCGGGCAAGCUUAUAUUUUUUCACAGUGCGCAUGCAUUCUACCAAUACCAUUCUUCGCGCGUUACGUUUUCAAACUCGACGGAAGUCUGGCAUAUGCGCGUACGUGCCGUCCCAUUGCAACCGAGUUUGCAUGUGCACUUGGUGCUAAAAAGCAAUUUGCAGCUAGUGAUGACUUACAAACCCUGUGGUGUGCUCAUUGUACCUCUCAAUGUAAAUAUACACAUUUCACCAUGGACAUCAGCGCACAGGCCGCACCGUCCGAUGCUGUGAAAGCAAGUUGGGCGACAACUCUUUUGAACUCAAACAAUACGACCUCCUUUCUGGCACCUCCAGACUUUGCUCAACGUUACGAUUAUUAUAUGAAUCAGAAUUAUUUAAGAAUAGAAAUUGCCUGUGGAAGUAAAUAUGUUAUGGAAUACACACAAGAACCCACGGUGUCAUUUACUGAUGUCUUUUCUUCCAUUGGUGGACAGACAGGCUUAUGGAUUGGUUUGAGUGUUCUGAGUAUGAUCGAGUUGGGCGAACUUCUCUUUCGACUCUUAUGGAAACAUAUUGUACAUUGGAAGAAUAAGCAAAAAACUAGCGUUACACAAGUCGUUCAGUUUAACAAUCAGAAGUCGUCAGAAACACCUGUUUGCACACUAGAAUGA